CUCUUUCUGUGUGUUUGCGUUUGACAAAGAAAUUAUUUGAACUUCCCACUGCCUCAUAAAAAGGAAACAGAAGAGCGCGGCUUUGACAUAUGGAUGUGAUUUUUCUGCUCUGAGACAGAUGCACGCGGAAAACAACCAGCACCGGGGGCUGCGGCGCUGAGCGAAGCCGAAGUCGCUCCGCUUCUUCGCAUGGGCUCCUCCGCUGCCUUUCGGGAGCUGCCCGCAUCUCCAGCCAUGAGAAAGCGAAGCAAAGGACCGGGCUUUCUCGUCAUGUGCCUUUCCGGCUAAAACAAACAAACAAACAAACAGACAAACAAACAAACACCGGUUCUGGAGAGUGAGGUGGAGGGGGGGGGAGGUUGGAGGGAGGGAAGGAGAAAUCAUCUGCAAGCGGAGCGCUGGAAGACCUCUCCGUCCUCCAACUUCCCCGAGAGAGCGUGGAUGCUGGAAGGAGCCCCUUGGAUAUGGGAUCAUAUCUGGUUUAUCACAGCCUGGGUUUGAUCCUCUGCUGCUCCGUGCUGAGCUCGGUCUACGCUCUGGUGAGUGCCUCCGAUCCUUCUUUUUCUCGGCUGUUUCCUUGAUGAGUAAAACCGCUCUGCUUUUGGGGGAUUUGAGGAGGCAGAGAGCCUCCUUUGCAGCCCCGGUGGCUGAUCUCGCUGCUUUCCGAGCUGCUGCAUCAGAUGGAAUUAAAAAUGUCUGUGCUUCCCGGAGAGUUUGAAUCACUUUUCAGUCCCUCCGGACGGGAGCGCGUGUAGUUUGACAGGGAGCUGCUCCGGGAAAGGCGUUUUGGGGGAUCACUCAAAAGACACCUCCCAGGAAAGGGCGAUUUUUCCUUUUUUUUUCCUUCCUUCCUCUCUGUCUCUGUCUCUGUCUCUCUCUCUCUCUCAAAAAAAUAAUAAAAAUAAAAAAUAAUAAUAAAAAAAAUAGAAGGACAUUUAAUUUUCAUUUCAUUACAUUUCCAUUUAAUCUUCCUAAUUUGCAAAUCUGCUUAAUCUCAGCAAAACACUGCCUUGCUCUCCGAGAUUGAUUUUGGAGAGCAUGGGGACUGCAGACAGUUUACACUGAGGAGCGUGAAAGUAGUAUUAACCCUUUGCUCCCUGGCACUAUUUUCACCUGUUCCUGAGCACACCAAGGGAGAAAACCUUUAUAGAGGUGACAAAUAAGGGCUAAAGGCUGCCCAAGCUGCCUCGAUGGUGGUGACAGGCAAUGGGUCGAGUUCUACAGACCACUCUGUCACCAAAGUCCUGCCACAGAAAUCAAGUCAUGCAGAAAUCGACCACCAGGUGGAUGCUGAUGAUGUCAUCACCAAAGAGGAGCAGAUCUUUCUACUGCUAAAAGCCAAGGCCAAGUGCGAGCGACACCUGAAAGCCAAGGUGCCCAAGGUGCAUGAUGGCUUUUGUCUUCCUGAGUGGGAUGGUAUUGUCUGCUGGCCAGAAGGUGUGCCGGGCAAAGUGGUGGCUAUGCCAUGUCCUGAGUACAUCUAUGACUUCAAUCACAAAGGCCAUGCUUAUCGCCGGUGUGACCUGAAUGGAAGCUGGGAGCUGGUUCCAGGCAACAACCGCACCUGGGCAAACUACAGUGAAUGUGCCAAGUUCCUCACCAACGAGACAAGGGAGAGGGAGGUCUUUGAUCGCCUCUAUUUGAUUUAUACUGUUGGAUACUCCAUCUCUCUGGGAUCCCUCACAGUUGCUGUCCUUAUCCUGGGAUACUUCAGGCGUUUGCACUGCACUAGAAACUACAUCCACAUGCACCUGUUUGUCUCCUUCAUGUUGAGAGCUGUGAGCAUCUUCGUGAAGGACGCGGUCUUAUACUCUGGGUCAGCUUUGGAGGAGAUGGAGCGGAUUUCUGAGGAAGACCUGAAAUCCAUAACUGAAGCACCUCCAGCAGAUAAGUCACAGUUUGUGGGUUGCAAAGUAGCGGUUACCUUCUUCCUCUACUUCCUGGCAACCAAUUACUACUGGAUUCUGGUGGAAGGGCUCUAUCUCCACAGCCUCAUCUUCAUGGCUUUUUUCUCAGAGAAGAAGUAUCUUUGGGGAUUCACAUUAUUUGGCUGGGGACUCCCUGCUGUAUUUGUUACAGCGUGGGCCAGCGUGAGAGCCACUCUAGCUGACACAGAGUGUUGGGACUUGAGUGCUGGCAAUUUAAAAUGGAUUAUUCAGGUGCCCAUCCUGGCAGCUAUCGUGGUAAAUUUUAUUCUUUUUAUCAAUAUUAUCAGAGUCCUAGCAACCAAGCUACGGGAAACAAAUGCAGGGAGGUGUGACUCACGACAACAGUACAGGAAGCUGCUGAAAUCUACCCUCGUCCUUAUGCCUCUGUUUGGCGUUCACUAUAUUGUUUUCAUGGCUAUGCCAUACACAGAUGUGUCAGGGAUUCUUUGGCAAGUUCAAAUGCACUAUGAAAUGCUGUUCAACUCUUUCCAGGGAUUUUUUGUUGCCAUCAUAUACUGUUUUUGCAAUGGAGAGGUCCAAGCAGAAAUAAAGAAGUCAUGGAGCAGGUGGACAUUAGCACUUGAUUUUAAAAGGAAAGCACGAAGUGGGAGCACAACCUACAGUUAUGGACCAAUGGUUUCCCACACCAGCAUCACAAAUGUAGCCACGAGAGGGGCACUUGCCCUCCAUCUCAAUACAAGACUUAUACCAGGGACCCUCAAUGGACACCGGAAUUUACCAGGUUAUGUAAAAAACGGCUCUAUUUCUGAAAACUCUAUGCCUUCUUCUGGACCAGAGCAGUACAACAAAGAUGAGGAGUACCUGAAUGGCUCUGGGCUUUAUGAUGGAGACAGACCCACAGUACUUGUUGAAGAAGAAAGAGAGACAGUGAUGUAAAGAGAAGAAGAGAAGAAGCAAAAGGGUGAAAAAAGGUUCCCGGAGAGCAUUUAGUGGGCAAGAAUAUCAGGCCACACAAUGGAUGCCAAGGGUUUUCAUGCCUUUUCUCUGUUCUGUGGAACGAGAGGUUAAGUUAUAUGGGAAAAAAAAACAAAAAAAAGUGAGCCACCAAAGUGGCCAGUGGUUGAUCACACACAUAUACCCCGUGAUCUAAGUCUCCCCAGUGUUAAUGGAGGCAGGGCUAUGGCUAUCCACGGGCCUUGCCACCUGCUGAACAACAGUGAUGCUGAGAGUUUGUGGGGAGGGUUGCACAACAGCACGUGGUCCUUUCACUUCUUGGAGAGCUUGGGCACCCGAGGAGGAUGGGAAUCUCACCCAGUAAAGCAAGAGUCUUGUGGGGAGUGUACGUUACCAUCUUCUUGCAAUGGUACAAGCCACCCUGGGCAUCAGUGUCUUUGGUUUGGCUUGCUUUUUCCUUUUUGAAUCUGUCUGGUAACACACAUGAGAAUGAUCAAGGCCCCUCGGGUACCAUAGCUGCCCAUUCUUGCAGCCAAGUUCUCAACAUGGGCAGCUUCGUACAACUUGGGACAUGUUCUUCCCUUGGGCAUUCUCACUCUUUGGCAAAAAGCUUCUCUGGGAUGGGUGGGGUUAACAGCUCACGAUCACUGGACGAAGGCAAAAAACCUUGCAUUCUUCUUUCCUUGACCUGAGUAUCAUAGCAAGCCAGAAACCAGUUCAAUUUUAAGAUGGGAAGUGCAGUUGUCAGAAUGUGUGACAUUUCCAGUCUACUAGAUAUAGCAGUGGAGAUGGGCCCACUCGGCCUGCUCCCAAGCAGUUUGAGAUGGGGAAAUGUGUUUUCAGAUCUUCAGCUUGUGUGCCUGUGUGUGUGUGUGUGUGUGGCUAAAAUCAGCUCAGAAGAUUGCUAUCUCAGCCUCCCUCUGUGUGGAUGCUCAUGGAAACAGACAUCAGUAAUGUUCUUAAAAAGUUACAAAUUUCUUCUCAUUCUCCCCUCUAAAUUACUUGUUUCUCACUAACCCAAACACUCAUGAGGAGAAACACUAGAUGCUGGAUACAGCCAGGCAAGCUUGCCUUCAUGAGGUUCAAGGGCAAAUUUUGCUGGGUGUAAGCACAGAGAAGGCUCGUGAACAGUCACCUUCUGAGCAUCUUCUUUCUUUCCCAUUCUUAGAGGUCGGGACAUUCAAAUGAGUCACACACACACAUGCAGACACCUGGCCAGCAUCUUAGCAGGUGUGAUUAAGUAUAAUUUCAGCCAAAGUCACUGAGUUUGCCUAGGGAUGCUUAGAAGAGGAAAUAUUAUUGGGGUUGCCUGAGAAGGGAAGAGCACAAGAAAAUUUAGGCUAGAUGUUCAGAAGUAAAUCUUUAAUCAGAGAGUGGAGAGGCACUGGUACAGGCUGCCCAGGUAAGCUGUGGGUGCCCCGUCCCUGGAGGUGCUCAAGGCAAGGCUGGAUGGGGCCCUGGGCAGCCUGAGCUGGUGAGGGGCAACCAGCCCAUGGUUGGAACUGGAUUGGCUUUAAGGUUCCUUCCAACCCAACCAUUCCAUGAUUUUAUGAAAUGCCUGAUUCCUACCGGAGAGGAGAGCAGAGUAUUUUAUCACUUGCUGGUGGUUUUUGCAAGGAGAGCCCGAAGAUUGUUUUCUGGCACAACUGAUGUCUUCAGCAAUGACAAAGAGACACAACCCUUGUUGGCCAACAGUGUUUUGUCCUUCACACUUCAACCAGCUGAGCAUCUAGAAAAGGGUCUCUUCAGUUCUGAAGCAUGAUUCAGAAUUUCACAGUAAUGGGAAAUUAGGAACAGUGACUGAACUUGUCCCUUCCUCAACGAAAAGACUCUGGUUGAGCUGGCUCAGAUCCUCUCUUCAGCCCAUUGUAAUGUCACUGUUCCUUUGCUGCAGUCUGAGAGUCAGACCCUCAUGGUUGUUUUAUUUCUUCUGGGAGAGUUUCUGGAAGCUGAAGUAUUUUUUACUUCACCUGGCUGUUACUGAAAUGGAGCAGAGAUCAGUCAUUGGGGCAGUUGGCAGAAGUCCUUUAGGAUGCAGGUGGGGCCUAUGGAACGUCUUACCAUCUAUCUGAUCCUUUAGGUAUGUCUGCUGUGGCAUACCAACCAGCCCUUCUGAGGUGCAUUCAGUCACUUCACACUGAAAGCUCUCCUCUGCAAGGAGGAUUGAAAGCAAUCCUCUGCAAGGCACCGAAGCACCUCUCAAACAGCUGCAGACCUACAUGAGCCAGUCUUUGAAAGCCAGUAUUUAUUUGUGAUGUUCGGGUUUUUUUCCUCAUUCUGUAUCAUCAGAAUAACUCAAAACUCCUCAUAACCAUUUACCACCAAACGGCAGCUAUUGCAGCAUUGGGUUUGCAAAGCAUAAUCCUUUUUUUUUUUUUCCUUUCUUCGUGCUCUCUUAUUGUUCUUGUUGCUAUUAUUAUGAGCAAUAAUAACAAUGCUAACAGUAGUAUUACGGAGAGGUUAAGUAAUCUUGCAAGAGAAGUCAGCUCUAGUGAAAGUUUGGCAUGGAGAGCUCUGCAGAAAUCUGGGUCAGCCCUGCUCUGCUCGCUGCUCGCCUUUCCCUCACAGACGUUGGCACAGCCUCAGGAGGGAAUCAAAGGGGCAGAAGUUCUUACCAGAGUGUGUACAGCUGUUAUUCAGCAUCCCGUGUGGCUGAGCUGCCAAUGAGAGAGAAACACAUUGAGCAUGCUGGCUCUGGUUUUCUGCCCUUCCAGAAGUACGUUGCGCUUAAAUCGUGCCAAGUAGAUGCAACGACCUUCCUUAUUUUCUCACUCAAAGGAAUUAGUUGGUAUCAUUUCACUGGUGGGACAAAACAAAAAGGCAUACAAAAUAAAAGCCACCAACAAAAUACCAAAAAGACUAGUGGCUCACUGUUUAUUUGUGUUUCUUACAGAGAACUCAAGAUUAAUAACAUGUUUGGCAAUUGCUUAACAAAGUUCAAGGAAUUAGCAAAACCCAUAAAACUAGUUGUAAACAAAUUCAACACCCCUCAUAAACAGAAAUGCAUUCAUCAUUAGAUUGUUGAGAAUAAAUGCUUAAAAACUGAUGUUAAAUGUAGAUAAAAAUUUCACGCACGAGAAAUGUGCAUGGGAAGAAAUCUUUUCUUGAUCUUUUCAAAUACCAAUCAUACAUAAUAGAUUCUGUUUCCUUGGUGUUCGUGCUCAUGAAAAAUAAAGGGAAAAUGCCUACACCAUAGCAAGGGAAUACUUCUGCCUUUAAAGAUAUGGUAGAAUGUAUGUUUGUCAAAAUCUAUUCCUGUCCUUCCUGUGCUGACGGCACACUGCGCUGUUGGCUGAGCGUAUGGACUGUGCUGUAUUAGCCAGGGAUCCAAGGACAUCCUCUACUUUCUCUUUGAGAGGAAAGGAUCAGACCCAUGGUGCCUUGAAACUGAGAAUAAACCACAAUUUGCAGUUUUCAUUUGUCCUGGAAGGGCAGAGAGCCAAAAUGUUUAGAUACGGAAAAUGGUCACCUUCACUUUUCUCCAUCACCAGGAGAUGCAGGCACUUGCAAGGACAGGGCUCAGAGCUGUCCCUGUUCUUUACAGGGGAGUUGGACUCAGAUGGCCAAUAAGGGUCCCUUCCAACUCAACUGAUUCUAUGGUUGUAUGAUUCCAUGUCAAUUUAUCCCCCAUGCAAAGGUCUGAUCCUCUACAGGGUGACAGUUCCCAUCCUUUGUGAUUUACAUGUGGGCAGAGAGACAUCCUCAAGCUCACUUCUAGAGGAGGCAAAGGCUUGACGAACCUGCUUGCCUCUGUUUCACCACCUUUCCUUCCUCCAUGGUGUCAACUUUGUGUCCCUUUCUUCCCUUCCUGUAAACCAGCUGGCAAUAUGCAGGACUGGUUGCCACUGAGAUGCUGGGUUUGAGCAGGGAAUCUCCCUCUCUGUCAGGUUCAUCUUGUGGUACCCAGCCCUGCACCUCAUCUAUCCCACCCAUAGCAGCUCAGUCUGCUAAUAAUCCUGAGUCCAUUCUACUUGAUCUACCUCUUUUCUGAAUAGACAUAGAAAUGUUAACAUUUCUUGGACUUGUGUUUCUUAAGGAUGACUUCUGGCAGCUCCUCAUCACUUCUGCUUCGCCUGCAUUUGUGCAGACAAUUGUUUUUACACCUUCUACAAGCUGCUUUGUCUUAGUUCAGAUGAGAUCAUGUCUUGUCCCCUUCCUCACCAUUCCUCAACUCUGCUGCAUCUUGUCUGAUGCAUAUUAGAGCCAAAUCAGUCAACAAAGUUCUCCCAAAAAUUGAACUGCUCAGCCAGGGACUGGCUUCCUUUAUUUGUUUAUUGGCAAUUGGCUGAAAGCUGCAGAACAUCCACGGAGCUGGUAAGAAUUUUCUGUUUUUUAAAGACUGAAAGUACACUAAGCAUGAGGAUCUCCAGUUUUUAUUCCUUUUAUUGUUUGGAUGGAUUUGAUGACUGUCUUAAAAGUUUUUAGGCUUCUGAGUCCAGUCUUUCAAAGAGGCACCUCAGUGGGUUUUGUUUUCUUGUUUUUUUUCCACUGGCUGAUUUUUCUGCAUAAAUUCCUCCCAGAAUUCAUUGAAAGCUUCAGGUAGGAUUACUGAUAACCAAGGACGUCCUCACCUCAUCUGUAUCUCUCACUCUCUUCAGUGUUUCUUUCGCUUGAGAUAGGACUGCAUGAAAUAAGAGAAAGCACUUUAAGAGUUGACCUUCAAGGGAGAGGUUGCAUGAUCCUGUGAAGUCCUUUCAUAUGCAACAUUACUUCUUAUACAACUGUGCAUUUUUUCUGCCUAUUCUUGCCCAUGAGUUUGCCAAAGCCCAUCUGUGCCUUCUCAUAGGAAGUUAUGCAGCAGUAUCAUGGUUCACAUCCUCUCUUUCUGGAUUUAUGUGAAUUUGGUGGCAUUUUGGCUGUAAGAGGAAGCAAAAGAAAAAUGAUCUGGGGCAGCAUUUUCCAGCCUUUGGGGUUAAGGGUCUGGUAAGUACCUCCUCAGCCACGUAGCCAGUGUCACAAAUGGGCAUUGCUGUAGUGGCUGCAAGUUGUAAAUCAUUCAGCAUGUGAGGAAGAUUUAUUGUAAGGCCAUGGGCAGAUUAAGGAAGGUCUUCACCAUGCCAUUUUCCCACUAAGAGCACCUGCUGGGGGAGAAAUGGCGUUGCACUCUCAGGCAAGUCUAGGGAAACUGAUGUAUUUAUUUAUAUUUAAUAUAAUGGAACAGGUUUUCUGUUUGAUUUUUUUUUCUUCUUUUUAUUUUUACUUCUAUUGCUGAUGGAUUGCCACAUUCUGUAGCAUAAAUAUAUGGACAUGUAUGAUAUUCCUGGCCAGCUACAGAGGUGUUCAGGCAUCCAGUGUGACUCUCCAGACAGAGUAGAUUUUAUAUCCCAUUCCUCUAGGGUGUACUGAAAUGAGAAAAAAAUAUUAAACUCUAAAGGAAAUGAGUUCGAGAAAGCCCCUAUAAAUAAAUUUCCAUCAUGAUCAGCCAGGGCUGUCUAAAUUUGCCUUCAAAACAUAAUGUUUCAUAAAUGGUGUGAGUAAAAUAAGGGGGAUGUCCAUCUCUGAGAAUGUCCAUUGGAAGACAGCUCUCCUAUUUUUACCUACAGCGGAGAAAGGUUUAGCCUAUUGGACAGCAAAUACUGUUGGCCCAAAGGAAUGUAUUGCUUUGAGGUGGCAGUUCCAUUUGCAUAAAAGUUAUUUGGGUUACCCUUUUCCACUUGAACUAUUUUUAUGGCCUCUCACAAAAUCAAAACUUAAGCUUAGGUCUUACCUAAGGGUGGGAGAGCAAAAGAAAGCACAGGUGGGUUGUUGCAAAGACACACGAUUAACUAAAGGAUACUAAAAUAUUGUUGGUUUUUCCAGUAAUGACAUGUUGCCUGGGAAGUCUGAGCCAGAAAUCUGGUCUCACUGGUGUUUUCUUGUGCUCUUUGGGAUGCAUGGAGAUGCAUGGACACACAGCUAAGAACCCACCUGUGUCCAGCUUCUGGUCAUGUAUAAGCUCAGAGACAUCAGGACCAACUGAAUGAAAACCAGUGACCUUGGCCUGAAAGUCUUCACCAGAGGUGUUGUUAAUGAGCUUCAUUUAGUGGUUAGCCCCCAGUUUAUUUGCUGUCUGUAUAUGAAGGCUGAUAGUAAGUGGAGAAUCUCCAAAUCCUAGUACUUUUUAUUCAGUGCUCAUAAAUAUCUUCACUGACUACUCCUUGAUUUGUAAGUGCUUCUGAAGAUUUUAGAGCAGAGAUCUACUGAAAGUCCAACAAUUGAAGCUGAGACUGAGAUUUGGUCUUCUGUCAGUGCUGGCAGUCCCCCACUUCACCUCUACCAUUGGGUGGUGGUGGUCCAGAGCAACAGGGGAGAUAGAACCAGCAGCUUUCUUGGAUCUUUGGCACUUCUCCCUAGUGGGUAGAAGAGACCAAAAGAAGGACAUCAGCAGAGUGGACACCUCUGCUAUUCUGCCCUCAGAUUUUAGGGGCAUUGCUUAUUGGGCAUGGUAGUGAUGGGCUGGCGGUUGGACUAGAUAAUCUUAGAGGUCUUUUCCAACCUUAAUGAUCCCAUGAUUCUAUAAUUCUAAAUUAGGGUUGGCUGGAGUUCUUCUCUACAUUUACUUUCCUUUCUUUCCAACCUGGCCCUAGAAAAAGAAACCCCUAAAACUUAUUUAAAGAACUCCGUUAAGCAUUUCUUUUUUCCAUUUUUCCUGGAUGCGGAUUCAGGCUUUUUAGUGGCUCAAAGCCAGUCUCAACUCUCAGAAUCAAAACUAAUCUCAAACAUCAGGAUGGGAACAUAAUUUGCUCAGAUCAGUUGUACUGCAUCCUCAUCAUAUCACAUCCACUGCAUCAGGUGCAGAGCAUUGGCACCCUGGCAGAGGUGUAAUGUUGUUCUGAUAAUGUAGUCUUCUAUUUUUGGUGCAUUUUUAAGACAAGUGAACCAAGAGUAAGAACUUUACUCUUCCUUUACAUUUAAAAAUAAUUAUAAACAAGAAAAAAAGUCAUAAGUCAUUAUUUAUCUCAUCAUGCUCUGUUGAAUGCUGUGAUGGUUAUUGUGGAGUGUCUGAUGUUCUGGCUUCUCCUUGGCAGAAGGAGUUCUCUGUGGUGGAGAAAACAGAUACGAGCGGAUGGAGUAAUUUGAAGCCAAUCCCUAGGGCAGGACAGUCAGGAACAGAUCUGAUGUUGAUUUUAUAUUCAUUGGCAGAAGGCAGGAGCUGCUCCACUGAAGUUAAUUGAGUUAACUCGGUCAUAUGCCAAGGCAAAACAGAUCUGAAUCUAGACCACAGUUCAGGACUCAUUUACAAUUAGCAUAAUGGAAUUAAAAUAAAGCUUCCAACUCUAACUACAGAAGUAGUCUGCUGGGAAUUGGACACCAGGCUUGCUGUUUGGGAUUAAAUGACACCCAAGGCAUCAGCCAUCACAUGAAGCAAUCAUGUUUUAUCUGUGCCUGCCCAGAUUACUCUCUUCUCCCUAUCAUAGUCAUAUUCAGCUGUUUCAGCUGGUAGGGAUUUUUCUUAGCCCCUUCUUUUUUUUCCUUUUCUAUCUUACUUGCAUGUGAACUUCAUGUUUUCACACCAGUUUUCAGGUUUCAGCUAGCCCCACAGUUUCAAAGUUCAAGAUAAUGUCAACAUGUUGCCAGGAUUUGGGAGGCAAGUGGGAAAAAGAAUGUGAGAAGCUAAUGGAAGUCACAGGGGAGCAUUAAAAGGACUAUCAAGUAAGGUUCAGUGAAACCUUUCCCACGGACCAGGGAAAGGUUUGCAGACCUCGGCAUAGAAUUUCAGCCUCCAACUGAACUCAGUCAUGUUUUGCUCAUUGAAGGUCUUGAGCUGUUCAGUAUGACCUGCAAAGCUCACCCACCGUAUUUCCAUUGUCAAGGGGCUUGGGUUUAGAUCUGACACUGUUGUUAAAUGUUCCUGUUUAUGAUGUUAAUGCUCUGGUCUGCUCAUGUGGUUUUUGUGUCCUUCUCUAGGUUGGUCCAUUAGCGUUGCUUUGGGGAACACUUGCAGAACUGUUUCUUGAGUUGUCUUUGCACCUCUGGUGUGUACCCAACCGGGGUUGUCACCAGUUUGAACACAUCAGUACUGAUGGGCAGUAGUAUUGCUUUGAAAGGGAACCAGAGGUGGUAUUUUCAAGAGCACAACAAAUUUUGUCCUAAUUUGGAACUGAUUUGCAAGACUCCAGUGAGGCAGGGCUGGGUUGCAGAUCACCUCAGUCUGGCACACUGCACAGAGGCCAGGAACGAAAGAAAAAGGGGAGGAAGAGCUGAACCAGAUGAGCAUCAGUAAUUAAGGAGUUCUAUAAGUUUGUCUUCUUUUCAGACAGGCCCCCCUAUUCAGCAUAAAUUGAACAGAGCUGGACACUACUGCAUGAUUACGCUCUCUCCUAAGCGGAGAGUGUAAAGAGCAAAUGGGGGAUUCAACAAAGCCUGUGCAAAUUUCUGUUCCUAAUUCUCACUGGCUCUUUUUCCUUCUUUUUCUUCCUUUGGAAAAAAAGGGGGGGAAAAAAAAAGGAAAAAAAAAAAAAAAAAAAAAAAGGUACAUUAGAGUAACUUGAGUGCAAGAGCCUGGUACUCAAACCCAUUCCUCCAGGGUCCCACAGAGAAACUUCUUCUUCAAACUUAGAAAUCUUUUCCCUUUUCUUCCCUUUUUUUUUUUUUUUUUUUUGGCAAAUGAGCUAAAGAAUGUGAUGGUAUUUGAUUACCUUCCUCAUUCUGGGCAAACAGCGUGGUGGGUAACAACACAGAUGUGCCAGCGUCAAUAUGGAAUGAAAUCAUGACACCACGAAAACCAACUGCAAGCCUUCUGUUGAUUUCCAUGGAGUUGGAUUUACCCUUCAAAUCACAGGAGGAAAAAGAUGAUGAUUCAAACAAAUGACCUCACCCUUCUUCUUUCCCCACCCUUCUCCUUUGCCUACCACCCAUAAUUCACGGUGGCUUUUUGCUUUGAAUCAAUAGCACUACAAAACCAGAAAGCAGAGAUCAAGGGGUAGAAGGUGGUCUGAAUAGCAGUCGCCUCUCUCAAAAUACUUGACAAAUGCCAACAUUAGGUUUUGUAUUGGGGUUGGCUUCUCCGUGUGGGGAUUUAGGACAUGGUAUUUUGAUAGAAAAAGGCAUAGGAUUAAAAUGUUUGAAAUGGAUGGGAUGAGCAUACAUUGGGUUUCCAAAAUGCUUGUGUCUACAUCCUCUGAAAUAGAGAUACAUGGCCACAUGAGAGACUACUUAAAUCAAGUUUAAUGAAGAAUGUUCUCCAAACUCAGUAGAGCUCGGGUACCUAAAACAGAAGGCAAAACAAUGAGUUCACCAGGAAUGCAGCAUCCACUUAAAACAGAGCAUUACAACAGGCAUGAGCCCUUCUAAAUAUAGAGCUGGAUGUUUCCUGCCAGGCUGAGCUUUUACCUUUUUAUUUUUCUCUGUGUAAAUUAAUCACUCUUCCUUCAGGGCUGCAGGGAAGGAUGAGCAAGAAGAUAUUUGCUGAUAGAGGUGAAAUAUUUUGACAGGUUGGGUUUAAGUAGAGCUGGUGGAAGAGGAAAGGCAGUUGGUGGCAGAAGAAGGUAAGGUGCAUCCAAGUACCGUCACCCACCCCCAUAUCCAAAAAUAUGACGUCAAACUCUUGACAUUUGCAUGAGCUGAGGCAUGCAUGAAGAAACAGAUCUGCUGCUAAAACUCCUUGCUUCUUCUCAGCAACUUCAGGGUGAACAAGCCAUGGUGGUCACCAGAGGUGAUGGGAUGUGGGCAUUAGAAAAAAAGACUUGGCCAUUCCCAGUAGUCUGCCAGGCUGUGUCCAGCGGGACAUUGGCUCCUUCUCUUCCGAGGAUGAGGAGGAGGGAGAAGAGCCAGGGUGUGUUCUUCCCCCUCCCACUCCAGUGAUUUCACUGAAGUGGAUUUAAGACCUUGUUUCACUUCAGAGGAGGGACAAGACUGAAAAACUUAUGGGCAAAACUGUGAUUUCUUUGUACGUGUUACGAGGACAUUGCCUUGUGUGUGUUGUCAGGCAGACAUUUGGUUUACAUUCCUCCACUUCUGCUUCCUGUAUGGACCAAAGUAAUGAGCGGAAAAUGACAAACCACGGAUGUAUGUAAAAAGGGAAUUAAAAUAAAAAGAAGCCUUUAUUGAUUCUCAUGAAAA